GAAGAGACUAUCCCUCCCCUCUACCAAGACGCACAAGUCUCUGAACCGAAGGAUAUCUCGGCCUCCCUACAGAAGCUGACUAUUCGGAUCUAUGUAAUGAUUUAUCCCACACCAUGAUCCCAUACUGAUACGAAAUUUAGAAAUAUUUAGUCAGUAAAUCGACAGAUUUGUUCAAGGACAUUGGUUGGCGUCAACCAUGCGCAAAAAUUCACGCUAUCAAAGCAGAGAAUCGCCGUAAACGGAAUGAUCGCGUCUCACGUGAAGUCACCCUGAUUGUUUGUUUUUAAAGAAAGCGACACGCACAUCGGCUCCGAAAAUAUCCGCAACCAAGAGACCGAAGUGGGAACGAACGCUGACAUCCGCAGUAUAUCUGGAAAUACGGUGUCCUGAGCCAUGGGGGCCUUCUUGGACAAACCGAAGACAGAGAAACACAAUGCUCACGGAGCGGGCAACGGUCUGCGCUACGGCCUGAGCAGCAUGCAGGGCUGGCGGGUAGAGAUGGAGGAUGCACAUACGGCUGUUGUGGGUCUACCACAUGGCCUGGAUGACUGGUCCUUCUUCGCAGUGUAUGACGGUCACGCUGGCUCCCGCGUAGCCAACUAUUGCUCCAAACACCUGCUGGAGCACAUCAUAACCAGCAGCGAGGACUUCCGUUCAGGGCCCGACACUGUGGAGGGAGUUAAAAGUGGCAUUCGUUCUGGCUUCCUGAAGAUUGACGAGUACAUGCGCAACUUCUCAGACCUACGUAAUGGCAUGGACCGUAGCGGUUCCACGGCAGUCGGUGUGCUGGUGUCCCCUGAACACCUCUAUUUCAUCAACUGUGGAGACUCCCGUGCUGUUCUCAGCCGUGCCGCACAGGUACGGUUCUCCACACAAGACCACAAGCCAUGCAACCCACGUGAAAAAGAGCGCAUUCAAAACGCGGGAGGUUCUGUGAUGAUCCAAAGGGUGAAUGGUUCUCUUGCUGUGUCACGUGCCCUGGGGGACUAUGACUACAAGUGUGUGGAUGGGAAGGGCCCCACUGAGCAGCUGGUAUCUCCAGAACCGGAGGUGUUUGAAAUCCCACGCAUUUCAGAAGAGGAUGAGUUUGUGGUGCUCGCUUGCGAUGGUAUCUGGGAUGUGAUGAGCAACGAGGAGCUGUGUGAUUUUGUGCGCUCUCGGCUAGAGGUGUGGGAUGACUUGGAGAAGAUCUGCAACUCUGUGGUGGACACCUGUUUACAUAAGGGAAGCCGUGACAACAUGAGUGUUGUUCUAGUAUGUUUCCCCAAUGCGCCGAAGGUAUCAGAGGAGGCUGUCAAGCGAGAGGCCGAGUUGGACAAGUUCCUGGAGGCUCGUGUGGAAGAAAUCAUGGAGAAGUCAGGGGAGGAAGGCGUCCCAGAUCUGAGCCAUGUCAUGCACAACCUUCGCCCUGAGAGCAUCCCCAACCUGCCUCCGGGAGGUGGUCUCGCUAGCAAACGUAGUGUAGUUGAAGCUGUUUACAACAGGCUAAACCCACACAGAGAAGAAGAUGGGGACAGCCAGGGAGGAGCAGCUGGCGGUGAGGAGGAAGAAGAGGGCAGCUCCGCCACCGCCCACCUGCUGGAGGUGCUACGACAGUUCCGGGUCAGUCACCGAGGUGAAUAUCGCCAAGUGCUGGAGCAGGCGCUCUCCACUUAUCGGAUGUCCUACGGGACGGGCGCCACGACACGGACCGACCCCAAGGAGGAGCCUCCCUCGCCUCUACCAUCCCCAGCCACUGAACCCCUCAGCUCUGAGGAGGGACAAGACGAAGCCGCUACAUCACAGUCUCUGGACGAGCUCUCUGGCGCCCCCACUGCAUGACCCUAUUUAGUACCUACUAAACCCAGCCUUGCUAUUAAACCCCUUUCCCCAGACCUUCUCUCUGGCCCAGACUGCUAGGUUGCUUUGGGCAUUUUUCCUCCUUAGAGCACUUCCAGUGCAGGUUUUUGGUUGUCUUUAUGGAUUUGUAAUAGCACUUUGGGUGGUAUUCUUUUGUGUUUUUGUGUUUGUGAGCUCUGAAAACAGUAAAAGUAGCAUACAGAGGAAGUUUUGCACUGAAUUCUUAUCACUAAAAACCUGCUCUGCAACUGCAAGUGAGGUUGACCUUGGCAUAUCCCAGCUCUGUCUGCAGUAAGCACCUUCUCAUAUCUGCACUUAGCCUAGUCUUUUUAAAACGAGACAUGGUGGUGUCAUCUAAUAGAUAGAUGUUAAAAGGAUUUUUACUUUCUUUCUUUCUUUGACAUGACAUGAAAAAAAUCAAUGUCACGACAAACAGACAUCAAGGUAAAUAAUUCAUUUUUGGUGAACUGUCUUUUUGAGGAGAUUUGAAUACUGUCACACACCCCUGAAUGAUUUGAUCAUCACCCUUUCACACCCAAAGAGUUUACCCAUAUAAGUAGUUAAACAUUUGAAAUAGCAAUGGACAAUCUGGGCCAUGCCAAGAAUACAUUAAAUCAAUGCACCUGACUCUGUUCUUCUCUUCAGACACUGCGGACUUGGUCCGUCUGAUCAGUGUUAUGGCUUUACAAGACAAUUUUACUAUUUCUGAAAGCUGCCUUCCUAGCUUUGUACUAAAAAUAAGUUCAAAGAAUGAAUCCUCUAUUCAAUCAUCUAAAUCACUUAAGCUGAGGUGUUUAAUUGUUCUGUUGCUGUUGAUUUCAGGAAAUGUGCAACCUAAUCCAGGCCCAGACUCUGCUAUAUGUCUCAAUACCCCUGCUGAUUUUAAAUCCAGGGCUGGCCUUGGUUUUAUUCACUUGAAUGUUCGUAGUUUGAUUGCAAAGAUAGAUAUGAUUCGUAUUUGGGCACACUCAACUGAAGCUGAUGUAAUUGUUUUAUCAGAAACUUGGUUAAGCAAAUCUGUUCUGAAUGAGGAUAUCAGUAUUGAUGGUUACAACGUGUAUAGGACUGAUCGUCCCAGAAGGGGUGGGGGUGUCGCGGUAUAUAUUAAAAAUAAGUUUCAUGUAAAUAUGCUUCUCUCUAAAUCAGUGAGUAAGCAAUUCGAAUUUUUAGCUCUUGACCUCGAGGUCUCUAGGACUCUCCACAUUACGGUAGUUGGUUGCUAUAGGACACCAUCAGCUGUCAGGGAUGCUCUGCCUUCUUUAAUGCAGCUUUUAUCAGGACUAAAUCAGAACGAAAUUGUAGUCAUUGGAGAUCUAAAUUGGAACUGGUUACAUCCAGUAUCUGAUGAAUUUAAAGCUUACUGUGACUCGCUAAAUCUCUUUCAGCUCGUUGACAGUCCCACUAGACCUAACCUGAAAUGUCCAGAUAAAUCAUCUUUAAUUGAUCUUAUCCUAACCAACGUUCCUCACAAAUACUCAGCAGCUUCUGUUUUUGCAAACGACAUUAGUGACCACUGUGUUGUUGCCACGGUCAGAAACACAAAAAUUCCCAAAACCAAACCACGUAUCAUUAUUAAGCGUGACACAAAACAUUUUUCGGUACAAGGGUUUUUAUAUGACCUGUAUUAUUUUGAUUGGGAUAAAAUUUAUCUUAUUGCAGAUGUUGAAAAUGCUUGGAAAUUUUUUAUGAUGGUUUUAAAGAAAUUGUUGACAAGCAUGCUCCCCUCAGAAAAUAUAGAGUAAAAGGCCGAAACAAUGCAUGGUUCACUGUAGAUUUAGCCAACUCUCUUCAUGAGCGUGAUAAGGCCUGGGCAAAAGCCAGGAAAACAAGUCUGGAUUCAGAUUGGCUGCUCUUCAGGAGACUGCGCAACUUGUGCACUGUGGCUAUCAGGAAGGCCAAAGCUGACCACUUUCUUAUAGAAACUUCAAAUAAUUUAAAUAACCCCUUAAAAUUCUGGAAGACGAUUAAAUCCUUGGCUGGAAACAAAACUGGCAUUGAGCUGCCACCAUGUAUUCUUAAGGACUCACAUAAAUUUUCCGAUAAGGCUGAGAUGCUUGGCUGUUUUAAUGAGCAUUUUAUUGCCUCUGGUUCAUUAUUUGAUUCCCUCAGCACUUCACAUCAGAAUCAUCCUAAAGGUAAUUCUCAUGGUCAUUCUGGAGUCAGUAAUUAUUUUAGUUUCAAGCCAUUUUCAGUUUCAGAAGUGCAUAAAGCCCUCACACUUUUAGACAUUAGAAAAUCGGCUGGUCCUGAUAACUUGGAGCCUUAUUUUCUACAGUUAGCAUCUGAUUUUAUUGCACCGCCUUUGACUCAUCUUUUUAAUCUUUCUCUGGACACGAAUGAAAUUCCACUUAUAUGGAAAUCCGCAUUUGUUUUUCCUCUGUUAAAAGGAGGAGAUCCGACUGAUUUAAAUAACUAUAGACCCAUCUCGAAACUGUCUGUCCUGGACAAGGUUAUGGAAACUCUGGUGAAUGAACAAUUGAAAGAGUUUCUAACUAUCAAUAAUAUUCUGUCUAAUUUUCAAUCAGGUUUUCGUAAAAAACACAGCACAACUACAGCAGCCCUAAAAGUAGUAAAUGAUUUUAUUGACUCUUUAGAUAAAAAACAACAUUGUGCAGCUCUCUUUAUUGACCUAUCGAAGGCUUUUGAUACUGUGGAUCAUGCAAUAUUAAAACAAAGACUUCUCAGUGUCGGGUUGUCAGAACAAACAGUUUGCUGGUUUGAAAACUAUCUAUCAGGUAGAUCCCAGUGUGUACAGGCAGAUGGUCUCACUUCCAGCCCUCUUAGUAUAUCCAAGGGUGUGCCCCAGGGGUCAGUGCUGGGACCACUUCUAUUUAUUUUAUAUAUCAACAAUCUUGAUCAAAAUGUCUCCAAUGCAAAUUUUCAUUUUUAUGCCGAUGAUACUGUGAUUUACUGCUCUGCAUCAACUCCAAACCAAGCUCUUUGUCAGCUUCAACUUGCUUUUGAUACUGUACAACGUACCUUGUUCGAUUUAAAACUUGUUUUGAAUGACGACAAAACAAAACUUAUGUUGUUCUCAAAUGCAAAAUCAAUGUCACGGAAUCUUCUACCCAUCACUACUUCUCAGGGCUCCGAGAUUGAGUCUGUAUCUCAAUUCAAGUAUCUUGGUAUCCUAAUUGAUGAUUCACUCUCUUUUAAACCUCACAUUCAACAGUUGGUAAAAAAAUUAAAACUGAAGUUGGGUUUUUAUUUUAGAAACAAGUCAUGUUUUUCCUUUGAGGCCAAAAGGAGGCUUGUUGCUGCCACUUUCUUGUCAGUGCUGGACUAUGGCGAUGUCAUAUACAUGAAUGCUUCCAUCACAAGCUUGAAACUGUUGGAUACUGUUUAUCAUGGAGCUCUUAGGUUUAUCACAAACUUUAGAGCACUUACUCAUCACUGUUCUUUGUAUGAUCGGGUUGGUUGGUCUGCAUUGUCCACCCGUAGACUUAAUCAUUGGUACAUUUUUAUCUACAAGGCAAUUCUUGGUCUGCUUCCCCCAUACCUCCAAUCUUACAUUGAAAAGAAAAAUACAGGAAGAUAUUGUCUUCGUUCUGAGGACUUAUUAUUAUUAUCUGUCCCUCAAGUCCGGACCGAACUGGGAAAAGGGGCGUUCAAGUAUGCGGCACCCUGCACUUGGAAUCAGCUGCAAAAUGUCCUGAAUCUUAAGGAGCCAGUUUCAUUGACUGAUUUUAAAUUACUUUUAAAUAACAUGGAAGCUACACAAACUGGCUGUAGAUGUAAUGACUGACUCAGUUAUGACGGACGAUCCUUGCUGUUGUUUAUCGCUUGCGAUAAUAGGUGAAAUUCAGAUUUCUUAUGAUUUUAUAAUUAUUUAUUACUUGUAUAAAUUGUUAUAUGUUGACGUUAUAUGUUAUAUGUUUUUAUGUCUGUAACCUUGUUAAUUGUGCUGCUGCCUGUCUUGGCCAGGACGCUCUUGUAAAAGAGAUUUUUAAUCUCAAUGAGUUUUAUUCUGGUUAAAUAAAGGUAAUAUACAUGUAA